GGUCGCACCGGAGGCGGCGAAGUCCCCGCCGGGCUUUCCUCCGCCGUUGGCGCCGGUUUCCCAGAAGGCCGCGCGGCGGCGGCAGCUGGGGCGCCCGUUGCUAAGCAGCGGGAAGCGGGCUCGGGGGGCCUAGACGGGAGAUGAAGCAGAGGAAGGCCAAGGCGGCUGGCCCGGCCCGGCCGGGGUCCGGCCGGAAGAAGAAAGACGUCAGUGAUAUCUCCCCCUCUACAAGUUUGCCUCCACUUGUAGAAGGACAACUGCGCUGCUUUCUGAAGCUGACCAUUAGCAAAAUCUUAUGGAUGGUUGCCAAGCCACCUGCUUCCUUCCUUAUCCGGGUGAGGUGGUGGGGAGAAACCUCAGACGGGACAGCCUUUGUUCCCCGGGAUACCUCGCAGGCCGAGCAAAAAACCCUCAAAACUACAACCCGCUACCCAGUUCGGUGUGGACCAAAACAGUUUGUCUCCUAUCUGACAGAUAUGGGUGCUCUUGUCCUGGAAGUAAUGGCCAAACCAAAUCACCUUCCAAUUGGCCGGGUGCAAAUCAAUGGGCUGGCACAGCUCUCUCCAAGUCACCCAAUCAGCGGAUUUUUCACCAUUGUCUCACCGACAUCUGAGAAGAUGGGAGAGCUGCAGGUAUCGCUUGUUCUCGAACCGCUGUCUGAAACCUAUGACAGCAACAGCUCCGUCCCAAACACAGACGUCAGCUUCAGUGCUGGUUUGUCAGUCCGGGGAACCAAAGAAACGGCUGACUCUAACCCAUUCCUUGUACCCUCGCAGCCUCACAGGCCGGCUAGCACGAAUAUCAUUGGAAGAGAGUCCACUAGCAGUAGUAGGGCCACCACACCAAGGGGCAAGGAUCACUUGUACUUUCAGGAGAACUCCGAGAACCUAAAAGAAGGGUUUUUUCGACCUCAGCACCACCACCUCCAAGGGCACAGUGAUUCCGUCAAUGCAAAUGAUCCCAAACAACAAGGGUUGUUUUCCGGUGGCUCUGAUCUUGAGGCUCAAGUGAGAUUGGCUAAGGAAAGUCCCAAACCUGCCCAUGUUCUUUCUUGCAACAACCCACCCACAAAAGAUCUCCUUUCAGCCCUUUUGGAUAGAGGCAAUAGACUCCGAAACGCUAUGGUAGUGUCUGCAAUGACAUCGAAUCCAGACCCUGAUAUACAGCUUUAUGAACUUCAGCCCAUGAAGCAGGACGUCUCCAAACUAGUUGAAAAGAAUCUUAAAAACCUGCACCCUGGCCUCAUAUCUGCCGUUGAAGAGCCUCUUCAGCCACUGCCUGAUGGCUCAGAAUUUGAUUUACAUGCUGAAAACAGAGCAAUCCAGCUCUUGCUGGGCAGUUCUGGUUCUUCCCCUCUGCGCCUUUUGGAUGGUACAGGCUCUCCCCUGGAAUGUAUCUCUCCUGGGAGUGAGGUGUACGACAGUGAGCUGAACGACCCCCACUAUGACCAGAGCCUGCUGGAAAACUUGUUCUACACAGCUCGAAAGUCCGACAGCAGCUUAAGUGACUUCCUCAGUGACGAGGAAGAUGCUGUUGCCUCCGGAAAACUAAACAAGUCGCAGAACAGCAAGUGUCGGAGAUCAAACAAGGCUUCAGAGUCUAGCCCCUUGGGUCAGAAAGGGACUCGGGAGACAAAACCCAGCCAUUCUCCCGCUGGGCCGCUUUCUCUUCAUGAGGCUUCCAUGGAAUCUACAGAGGAAACACGAGCUGUCAACUUGAGCCUUGACAGACUGGCAGUGCUGGGCCGGGUCCGAUUAGCUAGAGCAGUUGUGGAGAGCCUAAAGGUGCCCCCUGAAAACAUCACUCCAGGCAAAAAACGUUCAACUGGAAAGCCUCCCAGGCCAGCGUUGGCCAAAAAGAGGACAUUCUUUGUCGAGUUUCACUUUCCAGUGGGAGCUUCAAAGAUUGGAGCAGAGCAGGCCGCCAUAACGACAGAAAUAGUUCGGAUAGCGUCAAGUAAAAUCUCGGGGGAAGUGGUGAAGUUUCAACAGCGGUACGUGUUCCCCGUUCACUUCAGUGGCACAAUGAUAACCCACUGGUGGAACUCGGACCUUGAGUUUCACGUCUACUCAAAACAAGGCACACAAAGAAAGCCCCUGUUGAUUGGCUCAGCCGUUUUCCCGCUGCGAGACAUAAUUCAGUCUGAGCAACUAACGGUCAGCCGUGAACUGCCUGUGAAAGAAGUCGGAGGUCCAGCCCAGCUGGGGCCUUUGAAGGUGUCAUUGGAACUUGCAGCUGAUAAUAAAGAUUUCUCCAGCACCAGUACCAAGGCAGCGAAUGGGGCACCACAAGCUCCAGUUCACACCAUCAGGAGUCCCGGCGUCAAGUUUCAAGAAGUUGGCAGGAGCACCACUCCUGCUGGAAGCCCCCCAGUCUUGAAGCAAACUAAUUGCCAGCUCCCAAAGAGGAACCAAGAGUCUUCACCUGCAGUAUCAGAAAGGGCCAACGUUGGCGUGAGUCAGCUCUCAGUCCCCAUGCCCGUCUCCCGUAACCUCCUGAACCAGCUGUGUGCAUCAGAAGAAGAAGGUUUGCUGUUGCACGUACUCUUGAUGGUCCCAGAAGGGAAGGUCUUUGUGCCCAAAGAUGCUGGAUUUCAUGGCUCUUGUAACGUGUAUCUAAACUGCAAGCUCUUCAGCACAGAAGAAGCCACAAGGUCUGCUGUGAUAUGGGGGACCACACAACCCAUCUUCCAGUUUUCUCAGGUAACUCCUAUUUCACUGACAUCAAAACAUCUGGAGAGGCUGAAGAACAAUGUGAUGGUCAUAGAAGCCUGGAACAAGGUGUGCAUUCCAGGAGGAGAUGCCCUACUAGGACUGGUGAAGCUUCCACUGCAUCAGUUCUACGUUUCAUUCAAGGACCCCAAGAUAUCCAGCCUGCUACUUCAGGCUCAGUAUCCGGUGCUGGCUGUAGAUGGCUCCAUGCCCGUGGUGGACGUCUUCACCGGCAGCAAAAAGGGGAGCCUGAAGGUCAUUCUGGCCAUGGGCUCCGCGGAGCAGAUCGCGGCACUGCAGAGGCUCAAGAACGAGGAAGGAAUGGCACCUCCUGUGGCAAUGCGCCCUCCACAUUCUCUGGACUCUCUUGCCAUGCCUCUUCCAAAGCAGUCAGGCAGAGAAAAGGAAGGGAUGAUGGAGCACGUUUUUGAGAUCCACAUUGAGAGCGUCAAAGGGCUCACUCCCCUCCAGUCCACAGUCUGGGGAGAGGCUGACUGUUAUGUGCAGUACCACUUUCCAGUUCAGGAGUCCGACGUACUGCGUGGGACAGAGUUCUGUGAGAAUGGCCUUGCGUUAAAGCCUUUCCGCUCGACAACCACCUUGUGCGUCCCUGACCCCAACUUUGGCGACGAGCGUCAUCACUCCUUGAUGGUCCCUGCUGAUGUCCCUGUCCAAAGGCUGCUGCUCAGCUCUUUCUCUGCCCAGGGCUUAGGAGGAGGAGGAGGGAUCCAGUUUGAAAUCUGGUGCAGGUAUUACUACCCGAACGUCCGAGACCAGAUGGUAGCCAGGGGGACCUUGCCGCUGUCCCGCCUGUGUGCCAUGGUGACCAUGCAAUACCGAGAGGACGUGGGCAUCCAGACCUUCAGUCUACCCUUAAUCCCAAGGACUGAGAGUGCAGGGGAACCCCAUCCCCGUUCCUCAGGUUUUCUUGAUGUGAGCGUAAAAUACAGGCGCUCCCUGAAAGCGACGGAAGGCAUCCUGGCAGCUCAAGCAGUUUCUAUUUCCGUUCAGAUACACUUUGCAGCUGGUUUGCAGGCAGCAGCCAGAGCCGUGGCAGAAAAGAACCCUUCGCUCCAGUGCAGUGCAGAAGUUGGAGUGAACGCUUACGUCUCCGUGCACCUGCCCUUCCUCCCCGAAUCUGAGAGGCGCAACACCCGAGCCGUGGCUCGCACUUUCUGCCCAGAAUUCGAGCACCACACGGAGUUCCCGUGCAACCUCGUGGUCCAGAGAAGCAGUGGAGAAGCCUGUUCCCUGGGGGAGCUGUUGCAGAUUUCGGAGAUAGUCUUUUCCGUCUUUCACAAGAGCCUGAACUCAGCACCAUAUGGAACAAAAACCCAGGCUUCGCGGGAUUACCUUCUGGGAACUGCCAAGAUUCCAACCAGAGACCUGUUGAACAGAAGAUCAGGUAUUCGAGGCUGGUUCCCAAUAACUCUGCCGGAGGAUCUGGUCCCUGCUCAUUGUGCAGACAUCCUGCAAACCAUAGUUGGAGGCUUGGAGCUUUCUGUCACCUUUGCCCAUCCUGGGGACCGGCAGCGUGUCCUGGAUGCGGCUAAACUUUUAGGCUGGAAUUUGAAGGAAGCCAGCGCUGAGCGCCUGCAGGACGACAGUGAGGACGAAUGCCAGCCUACUCCAAACACUGCAGCCGUGGCCAUUUCCAUCCCUCGGCUGUGGCUACCAGUGCAGUGUGUGCUACUUGCAGGAGAGACGCACCUAAACAAAAGCGUCCAUUGCUACCUCCGCUAUAAGCUGUAUGACCAAGAAGCCACGUGGACGUCUCUUAGGAGGCCCAAAUUAGCCGAAGACCAGAAGCACGUGACCGUGAGCUUCAAGAAAAGCAAAGAAAUGGAUCUGCCGUUGAGCCAAGCCUUACUGUGGUACUUCAAGGAGGAGAGGCUGGAGGUCCAGGCGUGGCGAGCCUAUGGGAACGAGAGCAACACUGAGAGGCCCCUGGAUACCGAUCGACAGAUUGGGUCGGCCUAUGUGGACCUUGCCGCGCUCGGGGAGAGCUCAAGGGGGAAAAGGACCGUUAGUGGUAUGUUCACUAGCAGCCUAAAAAACGUUGGGCAGCUUUGGGGCUCAAUCCAUCAAUUGCCAUCCAACCCGUUGUCUUUGCUUUCUCCUUUGAUGUCUUCCCCCUGUUCCGGCCGCAAUUCUUCAACUUGUUGGGAGCCGUCCGUGCGCAAUCCACAAUUGCUGGCGGGCUCCAAAAGCCCCUCCUCCAGACCUGAUGUUUCCGAAGAUGGCAGCAGUGGCAUCAGUGACCAUGAGGAAAGGCAGAAGGAGCCUGAGCAAGAUUUGAAACCCGAUCAGACCUCCGUUGUGGAAACCCUCAGCGAGAAACCAUCCAAGGAGUCUCCCCACACAGUGGGUCAGGAGCAGACAUUUGCCGUCAGCAUCCUUGUGGAAAGGGCCAUGCACUUGAGCUUAAAAGGGAGUCCUCUCACUGAACGUGGGGUCGUGGCACCCAGUAGCUACGUGUCCUUUGUCGCUGCCGAUGCUGAUAAUCCUGUUGCCACAGAAAUAGUUGAAAAUUCCGACUCGCCUGUUUGGGACUUUCAGCAGCAGACCAGACUCUCCAAAGAGCUUCUGUUGGAUCCUCAGCAAACUCUGGUCUUUAAAGUGUGGCACAAAGCAGAUGUUGAACGGGUGAUAGGAUUUGCCUCUGUGGAUCUCUCCCCCCUCCUUUCCGGCUUCCAGUUAGUCUGUGGCUGGUACAACAUCACAGACUUCAGCGGACAGUGUCAGGGGCAGAUCAAAGUCGCCGUUUCCCCCCUCGAAAAUAUAACCCAUCUCAAAGAAGAGAGACAGGCAAGAAGCCAGUCCAAAGCUUCAGGAACAUCAAUUCCAGCCACCAGCUCUUUUGCCCUCCAAGCGCAGGACUUGUACACUGCCUUCCCCAGCUUCUCCACAAGAGGCACCAGCGAACAUCUAAAGUCCCCAUUGAAGGGCACUGAUGCCACCAGUCUGGAGAGCAGGACUGGGUCCUUGGGGUCCUGGACGCCCCGUCAUGAAGAGCACGUGAAGAACAUCCGCCGAUUCCACGAGUCGCUGCAGCAGGCAGAAAGCAGCACGUCCCAGUUGGGAAGGCUGGAUUCCCUUUCCCACUCCUCACGCACUUCCCUUCUCAGAACUCUCAGGAAAAACCUGAGUGAGCUGGAUGAGAUUCAGAGGUACUUCAGUCAAAAGCUCACCAAACCUCAUCCCGACUUGGGUUCUCCACGGAGAAACACGGACGACCUGGGCGCCAGUCACCAAAGCCCCGCCUCCAUGGUGGCAGAUUCGGAAGGACGCCAUCUGCUGGAGAAAUCCAGUCACCUGGUUUCUCAAGUCAGCAGCCUGAUUGCUGACCUGCAGAACAACAUGGGGAAGAAUGCCGAAGGAUCUGUGGGCGCCUGUGUGGAUGGCAGCCGGUGCUCAAGCGCUACUGCCUCCCACGGCGAGGAUGGUCUUCACGAAACAGAAGAUGCUGCCAGGGCUGAGGUUCCCAAAGCCCAUCCGAGGAGCGAACCUUCAAGCACCUGUGUCGACAAAGAGCCUUCUCUCCCUCUGGGCGAACCCCCUUACGGGGUAGGCAUGCUGUACAAAUUCCUUGGCCAAGCCAAUUCCCAAAGCAGCCGUCCCUUAACUGCUUUUACCCAGAAAGGCGAAGGCGCUACGCAGUCUCACAGUGAGGAGGAGGAAGAGGAAGAGUACGAGGAGGACGUCAUAGAACCAAGAACGCUGAACGAAAUCACCACCAUGACGGACAGAACCAGCCCUUGGUCCAGCCUUGUCUCUGAACCAGAGCAUGAUCUUGCGAUCAUGAGCACCGCUGGCCAGCUUGCAGGGACUGCUGAACAUGCGCUGAAAGAAGGCAGCGUCAGAAGCAGCCCCGUGUCCAGCGUCACCCAAGACGACCCUCUGAGCGUGCCCAGCAGCGCCAGAUCCAGCAACAGCCCCUUGAGAGAAGACGGGGAUGACGGACAUGUGAGGAGGCAGGACCUUGAGGGUAGUCUGGAAGAGUUCUUGCCACCUGCUCCCAUCUCCACCGUGAGCCACACAAAGGAUGAGGUUGCAGAAGAGCGAAGGGAAGAUGACGGAAGAGUGCAGGAAAUCGGGGGCAAGAUAGUGGAAGAGGAACCACUUAUUCCAUGUGGCGGUGGCGGUGAUGGAGACUUUGCAGCAGCUAAGCACCGUGCUCCAGAGACGGGAGAGGGCAAGUUGGGCUUAGAGACCGGCCCCCGAGGUGAGGAAGGAAGGCGUUUGAGCGAAGAGCCCAGUGUAGUCCUAUCUGACCCCGUGGUCGUCCCCAACUUCUUCCUUCCACCGCAGCAUCUGGAAGCCUCCAUGCGACUGCUCAGCAUCACUCCUCCUACUCCACUGGCCACUGCUGUUAAAGCUGGAAGUGGCGCCGCCGUUGCUGCUGCUGCCGGGAGAAUCCCUAACCAAGGCCGGCCCGUCACAACCCGAGCCUGACGCCAGACGAGCUCCCUGAAAAGGAAAUGAGAAGGAUCGCUCGGAUAUUUUCAGCCCAGUUCUCCAAAAAGCAGUAGCGGAACGAGGGGGGCAGGGAGGCCCGUCAGUGAUGGCUCAUUUGGGCCGUAGCAAGCACGCGUCCUAAGGAGAAAAAUUAUUCUUGAAGCACAUGCCCCUUCUGAAUUUGUAUGGGAGUUCUGAGCCCGGUGUGAAAGCGGGAGACACAUCUGUUGCUAUAUGCCAGAGAUUCAGCCUGCCCUCUUCCUGAGCCUCAUACGAGGUCUGUCCAUUCCUCCUAGAAGGACGCGUGGCAUUAGUCAAAUAAGCCAAGGAAUUAGGUGACAGGUAACGUCAACGGCAGAUCCCUGCCUACCCUCCGGAUCCGAGCUCUGCCAGGAGCUACAGUUCCAUUCUCACUCCGUCCUGCGUUCAGCUCCAUCUCCUAGCCUGUGUUCUUACCCCAGGAGCUGUUGCGGCAGUGCUGCUCCUUCCCUCCCUAUACCAAGUAACGUGAGAGGCCUUACACCAUUCUGGAGAUUUGCCCUGGGUGUCCUUCCUAUCAUUGCGCCGGGUUCCCAGUUUCCCAGAGGGCAGUGCUGGUGUGGGGAAGGAGCUACAGUAAAGUCUGGGGCUGGUCAGACUUCCACCCUGGCCGCCCAAGAGGUAGCAGCAACUGUUCCACCCUUGUAGGCCUGGGAUUCGUGUGACAUCUCACCCGCUUGGAGGCCAUGAAGUUUGCUUCAUUGUUUUUCAAACAGGACAGAAACGCCUUUCCAAGCAGAAGCAGACAGUGCCUGAGAGUCUAGCAUGAGCGAUGAAAGUUGCCGCGGUGCAUUUCUUAUCCUCGCAGUCCUUUAGAACGCAGCCCAGGGUUACGGGUCUCAUGUAUAUCUGGGUACACUUGACAACGUGCAAAAGGGGAAUGCAAAGGACCCUGGGCUCAGACGAAAACCUUGCUGUAGCUGCUCUUUCUUGCUGAGUUUCGUGAACUGCCUGUGAACGUGGGAGACUUGCCCAGCAUAGUCCCUCCAUUUGCAAAAGCUAAAUGCACACAAAGUAGGUUGUGCACGUUGUCCACCAGGAUCAGAACUGUUUAUAUGCAAAUAAAAUUGUUGCACUUUUUUGUUAAAAUACAGGCAAUAUUGUGGAUAUAAAUAUCUUCACGUAUUUACAUAUAUAUAUUUUUAAGUCAGUUUUUUAAAAAGCACACCGGGCCUUGAAAAGUAUCCGCCCUAAAGGGAAAUCAUGCUAAUUUAUUUGUAAAGAGUUUUUUAAAGACUUGCAAGUCUCUCUGUCUUUUUUUACAAUAAAACGGCAUUUAUAUUUUUGUGA